AUGCCUCCCACUAAGCCGACUCCAUGCGGUUUUUCGCCGCACAACGAGUCCACGAUCUUCAACAACGUGAAGGACUUCGACAUUAUCGUUCGCUUCAGCAAGCAGAAGCUUCAUGCCCACCGCAUAGUCGCAAGUCCCUUCUUCGAUCAAGUCUUCAAUUCAAAACUUCCUGGACCUUGGAAGGUUGCGCAGAAAGACACCCAUGACCUCGGCGAUGAGGACGACGUUGAUGCCGUGUGGGCCAUGUUCCGCCACAUGUACAACAUCGACUAUUGCCACGACCCCACAUCCACAGAGACUCGCUCUCUCGAAUUCCACAUCGCUGUCUUUACUACCGCCGACAAGUACGACUGUCCAGGCCUGCGCGAGAAGGCUGUCGACAGAUUCGGCCAGAUGGCAGACACUGAGCUCAAGGCCGGCAAACUUGACAGAUUCAUCGCUCUGAUUUCCAAGAUCUGUGGCUCGGACUCUCCUCAGAUGGCUGAUCACGCCCUUCGUGACAAGGUCGCCGAACUCUGCUUGACUCACUUCAACGUCCUCAUCAGCAGCGAUUUGUUUGCUAGAACUAUGGUUCAGGGCUACAUCUUUGACGAACGUGCUGCACACAAGCUUCUCAUCUAUGCCAUUGGUCGCCAUGUCCAUCCCCAUCUCGAAAGAACCAGAGGUACUCUUCCUGACGCGGCUCGUACCUUCAAGAUCGCAGCAGAGAAAUUGGUCUCUAGCUCUUGA